GUGUCGGGGAGGAGAAGAGGCGACGCAUCAUCAUCAGACUCACACAGUUCAGCUGAAGGUGCUGCUGGUCAAGCUACACUCGGACUCAUGACUCACAGUCAGUACAGUCCUGUGGUGCAGACAUGUUUUCAACAGGUGAGGUCAGGCGGGAGGAGGAGGAAGAGGAGGAGGAGGAGGAGGAGCCAGAAGAAGGAAGCAAGACGACUCCAGACCUGUGGACUCACCGGAGUUAGAGGAGAAGUUGACUUUCCAUGUAGUAAACUUGGCUGCUGGAAGAAAAAAAAGGAGUAUGGCAUCAUAAAGGGGAUUAAGAGAAGGAUCAGGCCAAAGAGAUGGCACAGCAGGAAGAACCCCUGUAUGAUUUCCCGGAGCCCACCCAGACACCAGAGCGGCCGUUCCAGGGGCAUCAAAGAGGACAAGGCUCCUUGAGAAGCGUCAGCGUACUGGACCGCCUCCUGCUCACGGUGCCUGUCUGGCUUCAGCUGUCAAUCAACCCUGCUACCGCGCUGCACAUACUGCAGAGAGAGCCUCCUGGGACAUUCCUGGUGCGGAAGUCUCGCACAUCUCAGAGAAACGUGCUGUGCGUGCGGCUGGUGGAUGACAGCGUGCCGUCCUUCGUGCGGCAGUUUGGCAUCAGGGAGGACCAGAGCACUCUGUGUCUGGAGACUUCGGCCAUCAGUUUUCCAGAUAUGCCGAGACUCGUAUCUUUCUACUGUGUCAGCAGAGAUGUAUUACCUUUCCCUCUGGAGCUUCCUGAAGCCAUCGCAAAGGCAACAUCACACAAAGAGCUGGAGUCCAUCUCACAUAUGGGAAUAGAGUUCUGGAGUUCACAUCUGAACGUCCGAGGGCCGCGGGAGGCUCCCAAGUCCCGGAAGCACAAGGAGAAGAAGCCAGACUCUGUAACGCCAGCGCCACCUGCUGCUUCUCCACAGACCAGAUCUGAAGGUACUUCUCAGCCCGACUCAGACCACCGGCCCAAGGCAGCACCUGAACCAGACGCAGCCACCAAUCAAUCAGCUCCCAACCCCACUCUGUUCCAUGAGUUUUGUCCAAUCACGACGCGCAGCCCCGGAGAGUUGGACUAUGGAUCCGGCUUGGGCGCUCUCUGCUUCAUCAAUCCGCUUUUCCUGCAGUCUCAGAACGUUUUGUCCCGACGGCGACAGCUCAAACACAGCCUCAAAAUUCGACUUUCCACAGAGACAUCCACCAUGCUGCCACCGCCGCUCGCUCCGCCACCUCCACCGCCCCUAAUGCCCAAAACUAAGGGGAGGUGUAAAGCAAAGAAAAAGAAACAGGGUGAUGGAGGCGCCCAGCUCAGUGAAAGUCUUUCUCAGGGUGGGAACCCAAGUCAAGCCACCACCCAGGGUGAUCCCGCAGCUCAGGACACCUCAGAAACUCUGACACAAACACAGGAAGGUCCCACUGGAGCACAAACACAGCUUCCGUCUGCAUCUCCUCUCUCCCAGCCUGUGGAGCAGGAGCAGGAGCCGGGUCAAACUAAAGCUCGAGUCGAGGGAGCAGAGGCUGUCCAGCUCCCAACAGUGAUGGACCAUCUCCAAGAGGACUCAGACUACAUGCAGCCCUCUCCAAUUAUCAGCUUCUCCGAUCCUCCCUCACUCUCUCCUUACAUCUCCCCUUACAUGGCACCUCCUCUUUUCCUGAAAUCAUCAUUGUCCCACUCUCCUUGUGACUCCCCCUGUGCCUCACCCUCCCUUUCACCUUAUCAGUCCCCAUCACUUUCUCCAAAGGCCGCCUUCCCCCUGUCACCCUUCUCUCAGCUGGCAGAGCAGGUGUAUCACAUACCCUCUGCCACCGCUUUAAGACCCGAUCAGCAAAGAUCAGAGCCAGACGCUGAGGAGAAAGGAGCAGCCACCGAUGGAAAUAAGGAGGCAGAAGAUGAAACAAAUGAGGAAUUGGAGGAAGAGGAGGGUUUGGUUUUACAGAUGAAUGCUGCUUUUCUUAAUGACACGGACAGCUGCAGUUCCUUUAGCAGUCUCGAGGGGGCAGCAGAGACUCACUCACUGCAUGAUCAGAACAGUGUGAACCUCUAGCAAACAGAAAUACAAGACUAUUAAUUAUGUUAUGUGAUAUAAUAAAGUAUUGUGUAAAAUUAGCACAGAUAUGUUGACAGCAUUCAAGGAGCGUAGAAUAUUUUAGAAGCACAAAACCAAAACUUAUCACGCACAUACCUGAUGUUUUGCAUUUAUAAAGUCGUGUUAAUAGAAAUUUUGUACAGUUUCUAUCACCCUCUGUUUCCCGAGCAUACAAUAAAAUAUUUGACAGAUUUUGUACCUGACAGGGUUUCCGUAUCUCCUGACAAUUAAAUUGCAGACUUGAAACUUUCUUGAAAAAUCACUGCAGUUCAGCA